AUGGCGGCACAUGGAAUCUCUUUCUCUGCCCCCAUACUAAGAGGUUUGAAGGCCCACUCAAGCUCAAGCCCAAGCCCAAAUAACGUAGUACCAUUUUUUCCUUUGGUUCGAAGCAAAAGGAACCACAAGCUUUGUUGUCGUUGCACGCGCUCUUCUUCCAAGUGGGUCCAAUUUAAUUUCAUCAUUAGGUGGUUUUCGAUUUGUCAGUUACAACUCGAACAUGCAAUUGAUAGAGAGGACUAUGGAGAAGCUGCGAGGUUGAAGAGAGACAUUGAUGAAGCAACUUCUGUUGAUGCCGUGGCUCAAAUUAUGUCUCAAUUGAAGAGUUUUAUUGAUGAUGAGCGCUAUGAGGAUGCUUCCAAAUUAUGUACACUAUCUGGAUGUGGCCUCUUGGGUUGGUGGGUUGGCUUAGCAAAAGAUUUUGAUGACCCCAUAGGCAGAAUAAUACAAAUAACUCCUGGCGUUGGCAGAUUUAUUGCCACGAGUUACAGCCCAAGACAAUUGCUCACAAAAUCUGGUGGUACUCCAAUAUUUGAAAUUUAUGUGGUAAAAAAUGCUGAUGAUACAUAUCAAAUGCAGGUAGUGCAUUUGGAACGACCCAAAAGAAAUUUAAAGAGCAGCAUUCCUUCAUCUGAAGCAGAUAAACCCAAACCUGAGGACAAAAUUCCAGGAUUGAAAAUGAAAGUUAUAAACAUAAAUGCUGAAGAGGAAGGGGCAAAAGAUGAUGAUUCUGUCAAGCAACUGAUACAGGAAGAUAGUGAUAAAAUGAACUCCGGUGAGAAUACUGAAGAGGAUGUUAAUAACCUGGAUGGAGAUAAUGAGGACACUCUAGAAGCAGAUAGCGAUGCCUCGGCCGAAGAAAAGGAUUCAGAUGUGAAGCUUUUUGUUAGUAGAUUUUCCCCCGAUGAGAACGACCCUCCUGUUUUUGAUUCGUUUAUUCGCCUUCCAGCUGAAUUACAAGAUACAGAAAGACAUAAUUUUGUCUUGCAUAUUCCUGGGAGAAUUGUAGAGAGGGAUGCUAGAAAACGUAGAGCGGAAGAAAUCUAUAAGGCAGCUGUAGCAGCACAAGAACUCCUAAAUAUUAUGCCUUAUGAAGUUGUCAAUACAUUUCAGGGUCCUGAUGACAAAUUCUCCAAGGUUACAAGGUCUAUGCAUAAAAUGGUUAAAUGUGCUAUAAGUAAAGCACAGAAAAGAGGUAAAUUAUCAGCAUAUACAUCUUUUAACCGGAUUAAUAAUACUAGUUCGAGCGGGGAUCCUUUAGAAGGACUCUAUAUUGGUGCAUUCGGUGCUCAUGGCCUUGAAGUUGUUCAAUUGAAGAGAAAAUUUGGACGCUGGGAUGACAUGGACGAUACUGAAUUUGAAUAUGUUGAGGCAGUGAAGUUAACUGGGGAUAUUCUUGUUCCUGCUGGCGAGGUGGCAUUCCGUGCUAUAAUUGACAGAGACCAUAAGAAUAUUAACCGUUGCAGGUUAACCAAUACAAUGGGAGUGGAUGCAACUUAUAAAGGCCAAGCGCAAAUAUCUGAUUUUGAUUUCAAAAAUCCAAGAUGGAUUUCUGGAGACUUACUGCUGCUUAAUGUUGGCAAGGGACCUCGACAAAUUUUGGAAGGUGCAGACAUGGGUUUCCAAUAUUCUUCUGAGGAUAAAAGUUUUAUUGUGCUAUUCUUCCGAUUGAAACUACCAGAAUGAGCCAUAGUUUCCAAAUCUACUUUAGUUUAUUUCUCUUGUAAUGAUAACAUGGGAUGCCAAAUAAUUUUUUUUUAGAUUUUGUUAUUAGAUAGUUUUACCAACACCAACAUUCCCCCCCUAGCUUUUCAAUCCUUACGAAUUCAAUUUUCUUUUGUUCUUUUUGCCCA